AGAGUUGGUGGUGACAGUCCUGCCGCGAACCGCUCGCUGACUGUCUGAACAAAAUGUGUACCAAUAUACAACAGCUGUGUGUGUGUUUGUUUGUGGUGGUGUUUGGCUCGCGUGUACACACAAGCAACGCAGGCGCAGCAGACGCUACCGUAUCUCCAGCCAAUACUAACAGUAGUCAUGAAGACGGUCCUGUAACUCACAGCGUGUCGGGCACCUUCCGCGGCUCCUGGAUGGAGACUCGCCGCGGGAGACGCUUCCAGGCCUACCGCGGGAUACGGUAUGCAGAGCCACCCAUUGGAGAAUUGCGAUUCCAGCCACCGCACCCCAUCCUGCACUACGAAGAAGUAGUAGACGCCAGUAAAGAAGGCCCGUCGUGUCCGCGGCCAGCCAGCCCCGGCUACUACGUGGACGAGGACUGUCUCGCCAUUAACGUGUACACUCCUGGCGGCGGCAGUAACAGCACCAAACCUCUCCCCGUGAUCUUUUUCAUCCACCCCGGCGGGUUCUACUCGAUGUCAGGUCGCAGUGACCUGGCCGGCCCCCACUACCUGCUCGAUAGAGAUGUUGUACUCGUCACCAUCAACUACAGGCUCGGCUCUCUCGGUUUCCUUGCCCUGGGCAACAAGCUGGCUCCCGGUAACAAUGGCUUCAAGGAUCAGGUGGCAGCUCUCCGCUGGGUGCAAAGGAACAUCGCCGCCUUUGGAGGAGACCCCAACUUGGUCACCAUCACCGGUUGCAGUGCAGGCGCCGUCAGCGUCAUGGUGCAUAUGAUAUCACCCAUGUCCAAAGGUCUAUUUCACCGCGCCAUUGCUCUCAGUGGGUCUCCGACUGCCAAGGUGCCGAGUCCAGCAGACCGCGUAGACCUCGCCAUCAAACAGGCGAAAGUGUCCAAGUGUCCUGAAAACCACCUCACAGAGCUCUACGAAUGUCUCAAAACUAAACCAUGGAAGGAAAUAGCCGGGUCUCUUCUGGGAUUCUUUGAAUUUGGCUAUGAUCCUCUCAGUCUCUGGCGCCCGGUAGUGGAGCCAGACUUCGGGCAGGAGCGGUUCCUCACAGAAGAUCCAAUGCUCUCGAUACGAGAGGGCAGGAUGCACUCAGUUCCAUUUAUCGUCAGUCAGACUACCGGAGAAUUCUUCUGGAAAGCGUUUACCGUCCUCAAGAAUCAAACGCUGUUUGACACGAUGAACAAUGAAUGGGACCGAAUAGCUCCUAUCUCGUUCAUACUCCCGCGUAACGAGACCAGUAGCAGGCUGGCUACAUUGAGGAAGGCAUACCUUGGAGACAGGCUAUUGAACAAUGACACGACAACGACUGACGCCUUGGGGAAACUGUAUGGAGAUGCCAUUACCGCUUUCCCUGUGCAUAGGAUGGCAAAUCUGAUGUGUCGUCACUCGUUUCACCCUGUGUACUACACCGAGUUCGCGUACGUUGGCAAUCGCAGUCACUAUGAGGAUCCAGACACCCACAGACCAGUCCGCGCAGCACAUCACGACGAUCUGAUUUACUUAUUCACGCUGAGCUACCGCUUCCCGACGAUAGAUGUCGCUGAUACACAGGACUCCAAGAUGGUGGAUAAAAUGACGGCGAUCUGGUAUAAUUUCGCUAGAUACGGUGAUCCGAACCCUCGCGGCGACACCGGGGAGCUGACCUCUUUGUCCUGGCCAGCCAUGACACCAGACAACAGGACCUACUUGCGAGUCGACAGCGACUUCACUGUUGAACAAAACCUAUACGAAGACAGGUUCGACGUGUGGGAUAAACUGUACCCCAUACAGUAUUGAUAAUACUGUAAAAUUAAG